CAACGAAGAUAAGAGGGCCCUGACCUGGAAGAUCCUGCCAAAGAAAGCCUGUAAAAACCUGAUGAAUGUUCUGAACAAUCUCUACCAGCAACUGGUGGACGGUCAGCAGCGUCCUGAUGGCCUAUUGGAGCUGAGUAUGAGUGACUGUACGGAGCUGGCCUGUGGGAAGAGCCUCCACAGCCUGGAGAUGGAGAUACAGGAAGCCUUCCUCAGGUUCAUGGCGGCCAUCUUGAAAGGCUACCGCUCAUACCUGAGACCCAUCACUCAGGCCCCGUCUGAGAAGACUACUGAUGCCUCCUCUCUCUUUGACCUGCAAGGGUUCCUGAAGAGCAGAGACCGGUCCCACCAGAAGUUCUACUCCCUGAUGACCAAGACUCAGAUGUUCAUCAGAUUCAUAGAGGAGUGCUCCUUCGUCUCAGACAAAGACGCCAGCUUGGCCUUCUUCGAUGACUGUGUGGACAAG